AUGUCAUUCAAGGGUAUUAAGAAGACUAUCAUAAGGGCUCCCCAGACUUUUCGUCAGAAAAUGAACAUGGGGGAGAUGACCACAGAUGCCGUUUACCAAGAUGCAGAAAGAAGAUUCAAGGAAUUGGAGAUUGAAACCAAGAAAUUAACUGAAGAAUCCCAGAGAUACUUUACUGCAGUGAAUGGAAUGUUGGAUUACGAAAUUGACUUUUCCAAAGCAUUUGAAGAGAUUUAUAAACCAAUUAGUGGUAGAGUAUCUGACCCUACUUAUACUGUUCCUGAAGAUAAUCCAGAAGGUAUCAAAGCCGCAGAACAGUUCAGAGAAGUUGUCAAGGAACUUAAGGAAACCUUAAAACCUGAUUUAGAAUUAAUUGAAAAGAGAAUUCUUCAUCCUGCUCAGGAAUUGUUAAAGGUUAUUCAACUGAUUAGAAAAAUGGCCACCAAGAGAGAACAUAAGCAAUUGGAUUUGGAUCGUCAUAAGAGAACUCAUAAAAAGUAUGAAGAAAAGAAGGAAAGAACCGCCAAGGACGAAGAAAAGAUGUAUAAUGCUGAAGCGGAAGUUCAAAUUGCCCAACAAGAGUAUGAUUACUAUAACGACAUGUUGAAGACUGAAUUGCCAAUUUUAUUCCAAAUGCAAUCAGACUUUUUGAGACCACUUUUCAUAAGUUUGUACUAUAUGCAAUUGAAUAUCUUCUACACUUUAUACAAUAGAAUGGAAGAAUUGAAGAUUCCUUACUUUGAUUUAACUACUGACAUUGUUGAAGCUUAUAAUUUCAAGAAGGGUAAUGUUGAAGAACAAACUGAUGCCAUUCCAAUUACUCAUUUUAAAGUUGGCCAUGCUAAAGCUAAAUUAGAAGCAACCAAAAGACGUUAUGCCCUGAUGAAUAGUCCUCCAGGAGGAUCACCUGUUGCUGGACAAGGUGAAUUACCUCCCUAUAGUCCUGGCCAAUACGCACAACCACAACAAGCGUACGGAGAUUACAAAUCCCCAGAAGGACCGGGAUACCAACCACAACAAGCAUAUCCACAACAAUCACCAACUUAUGGAGGUUAUGGUCAACAAUCUCCUGUUUCAACCGGAACAACUGGCAGUUCUUAUGGACAACAAUCACCCUACGGGGCUCCUGCUAGUGCUCCUGGAGCUGUGCCAGCUUAUGGUGCACCAGCACAAGUUCCACCUACACCAACAAGUGCCACUCAAACAUGUACGGCUUUGUACGACUACACUGCUCAAGCUCAAGGAGAUUUAACCUUCCCAGCAGGUGCUGUUAUUGAAAUUCAAGAAAGAACUGCCGAUACCAAUGGUUGGUGGACUGGUAGAUACAAUGGUCAUACUGGAACAUUUCCAGGAAAUUAUGUUCAAUUAAACUAG